ACAAUCAGCAAGCAGUUGACUGUAAAGUUCGUCUCGAUAUUUCUUUCAUUCAAGUACGGUAACUGAAGGCAGCAAUUAGCUCAGUGAAUAGCUUAAUGAUUGAUAAGGAACAUAAACGAGAACAUCUAUUUAAGAGACUACAGUCUGUAGGGUUCGGUUCGGUUUAAUUUGGAUUUACCUUAUAUAUUGAGAGUUUCAGGAGAAAACUGUAGACAGCUAGAUGUUUCAUGUCAAUUUAUUGUUAGUUUUUCUGUCAGGUUUAUUACCCAAAAUACUAGGCAGUGCAGUGGAUGACUUAAUAUCGAUAGAAAAUGAAUUUUGGGAAUGGAGAUUAGAUGAUUCCCCAGAGUUUGCCACACUUACAGGGGAUUUUAGACGCAAUGAUCGACUACGUCAGUUCGGUGUUGAUCUUUUUAAACCACGCAAUGAUAAAGUGGAAGGUUUCCUUAAAAGAGUAAAUGCCAUCGAUACCGACGAUUUCAACCAAAAACAACUAGCUGAUUAUCUGAUAUUUAAAGAUAGUUUACAAACAUACGUUGAUGGAUAUAAAUGGCGACUUCACAAUACCCUCAACCCAGUGAACUUUCUGGAAGGAUUAACGGCCAAUCCUGAUCAUUUUGUUAAUACCACUCCAUUUGUUUCAAGAGGUGAUUUUGAAAACUUUAUUGAAAGACUUCAAAAAAUACCUAAACAGUUUUCACAGUAUAAAGACUUGAUGAGAGAGGCUAUUAAGCAAGGCAAUACGAAUAACAAUGUUUCAAUGAACGCCGUUCCAGGUCAAAUAGAUGAACGCCUUGUUGAUGACGUCACCAAGUCUAUAUAUUACACUCCCUUUACAACUUUUCUUGAUGAAUCUUCGGUACCGGACAAUGUCAAACCAGGCAUUCGUCAGCGCGCCCAAAAAGCCAUUGAAGGAAUAAUGGAAGCAUACAGGGACAUGAAAUCUUUUAUUCAAAAGGACUACAUGCCUAAUACAAGAACAACUUGGGGCGUAAAUGGUUGGCAAGAUGGUAAAGGGGAUUAUGAGGCUUGUUUAAAAUGGCAUCUGUCUUUAGACAUGUCACCAAAACAAGUUCAUGAUAAAGGUCUACAAGAAGUUGAACGAAUUGGAAAGAGUAUGAAUCAAACAAUGAAGGCUAUUGGCUUUAGUGGGUCGAUUCCGGAAUUUUUUAAAAUGAUUCGAGAUGAGCCCAAAUUUCAUAUCCAUUCUGCUGAAGUUCUUCUGAGGAAAUAUGAAGACAUUAUUUACAAUCAGGCUUUUCCCAAACUAGACCAGUUAUUCAAAGAUAUUCCAAAUCUUCCAUUAGCUAUACAAAUGAUGCCUUACGAUGGAGCUGGUGGUGAAUAUUUAUCUGGUACUGCCGAUGGUUCCAGACCUGGUGUCUUUUAUGUCAAUCUAAGAAGACCAGAAGAUACAGCAACAAUAGAUAUGAUGUCAUUAGCUCUCCAUGAAACAGUUCCAGGUCAUCAUCUACAGAGUAUAUAUGCCCUGUCUGCAUCAUUACCAAACUACCGGAAGUUCCAGGAAGAUUCUAAUUAUUACCAACCACCACUUAAAUUCCCGUUCUACACAGCUUAUUUAGAGGGUUGGGGUUUAUAUGCCGAAUAUCUAGGAGAAGAACUGGGACUGUAUGAUAAUGAUUAUAUAUUAAUGGGUCGCUAUGGUUCUGAAAUGUUCCGUGCCUGUCGCCUGGUGGUUGAUACAGGGUUACAUUAUUUCAAUUGGACACGUGAUCAGGCCGUAGAUUACAUGUUAGAGAGAACCGCCAGUUCCCGAACCGAUCUGGAACAUGAAGUUGAUAGAUAUAUGACAUGGCCAGGACAAGCUUGUGCCUAUAAAAUAGGUGAACUGAAAAUAAAGGAAUUAAGAGAAAAGGCCCGACAAGCAUUUGGUUCCAGUUUUGAUGUUAGAGAGUUUCACUCCAUUGUUCUAGAAAACGGACCAGUUCCAUUGAGUGUUCUCGAGAUGUUAAUCGACAACUGGAUCAAGAAUAAAAGUGGCUGAAUUCAAAAUUGAUUAUUUCUAGAGAUAUGCGUCUUUUGAUUAAUUUUGCACAUACUUCCUUAAGAUAGAUGAAUUGAUAUAAUAAAAUUUAUUGUUGAUUUUUA